GCGCCUUUUGCAGCCCAGAGCUUCCGGGCGCCGCGCCAGGCGCUCUCCUGCCUGCCUGCCUGCCUGCCUGCAGCCCCGGCGGCGCGUUGUCGCGCUCUUGCUCGCCGGGCUGGCGGAGAGGGAAGGCGCUGCCGGAGCCCCCGCUCUCCGUCCUGGGCACGGCGGGCGGGCGAGUGUGGGACCAGGAAGCCCAGAGCAAGAUCCUGGUGGCGGCUUCUGCUCCAGCGCCAGCGGGCGGGGGCGCGCGCGUGUCUAAGCGGGCCAGCCGGCCAGUGCUGUUUGCGUAAAGCGCGUACCGGCUCCGAAAAAACCGUCGCUUCCAAUGGGUUCCGCGUUGGCUUCCUCGGGGCUUCUUCUGCCCGAGGAUGGUUCGGCUGGCCUCUUUUCCCCGUAAGGUCAUCCAUCCGGGCCCCCCAAGAGAGCGCCCCCACUCUGGACAGGCUUCUCCAGGCGGACCGAGUAGGGGGCAUGAAGGUGGCAUGGAGGGGACAGGGAAGAAGGUGGAAUGUCGGGCUUCUGCCUGGUGACGUCUCAGACUUGCCACAGCUCCCCAAGGGGCUCAUGGAUCCCAUCCCAGAAGAAAGUCUUCUCGAAGUGAUUUGGAAAAAGAUGCACUUGUUCCGCAGCUACAGCUAUCAGAUCCAGCUGGAGGGGCAGGUGGGCAGCGCCCCCAGGAUCCAGGGGAUCCGAUGGACCCCUCUUCCAGACACCGAAUCAGCCUUAGUGCCUGGCCACAGCCUAAAGCAGGCUUCAUCGAACAAAAUUCAGAGAGCAGGGAGGCUCCUCUGUGCACAUCUGGUCAUCUUGUACCCAGACCUAAUCCGCGAUCACAAGCACCACCUCCGGCUUUACAGGCAGUGCUGUUCUGGGAAGGAGCUGGUGGAUGCGCUGCUCAGCGCAGAGUUUUCUGUACAGACGCGCAGUCAGGCCCUUGGACUCUGCCAGGUGCUGGUGGACGAAGGAGUCUUGGCUCAUGUGCGGCAGGAGAGCUAUUUCCAGGACCGCGACACCCAGUUCUUCCGCUUCGUGGCCCUGGAGCCAAGCGCUGAAGACCGGGAUGGGGAGGAGCUCCUGGAGGCACUGGCAUUGCUCACCCAACUGGGCCCUACCGCCUUGCUCACCACCAUCUUGCACAAACCCCCUGGCCAGCGCACAGAUGAGGAGCUUGCACUGAUCUUUGAGGAGCUGCUGCACAUCAAAGCUGUCGCCCAUCUCUCCAGUUCUGUGAAGAGGGAACUGGCUGCUGUCCUGCUGUUCGAAUCCCAUGCAAAGGCUGGAACUGUGUUGUUCAGCCAAGGGGACAAGGGCACCUCCUGGUACAUCAUCUGGAAGGGAUCAGUCAACGUUGUCACACAUGACAAGGGCUUAGUGUCCACUCUGCACGAGGGUGAUGACUUUGGGCAGCUGGCGCUGGUGAACGAUGCCCCCCGUGCAGCCACCAUCAUCCUCCGUGAAGACAGCUGCCACUUUCUGCGUGUGGACAAACGGGACUUCAAUCGCAUCCUCAAGGAUGUUGAAGCCAACACUCUGCGGCUGAAGGAACAUGGGAAGGUGGUGCUUGUUCUGGAGAAGAAUUUGCAAGGCAGCAGCUCCAGUCACCUUCCUGGGACUCCAGGGAGCAGUAGGUACUCAGUGAUGUCUGGGACCCCUGAAAAAAUACUUGAUUAUCUGCUGGAAACCAUGCGUCCAGACUCUACGCUCUCUGACCCCGUAGACACCUUCCUUGGAGAUUUCCUUCUGACACAUGAUGUGUUCAUGCCAACACCGCAGCUGUGCAGAGCUCUGCUCCAACACUUUCAUUCGGAACCGUCGGAGGGCACCGAACAGGACAAAGCUGCCUACAUCCUGGGCAAAAGGCAGAAGAUCCUGUGGCUGGUGAACCAGUGGGUCUUGCUCUAUGGGCGCCUGCUGCAGGCAGAAUCCAGCUCUGUGGCCUUUUUGCAGAGCCUGUCUGAGUGUGCAGCCCAGGAUGCUCGUCUGGGCCCCCUGCUUAGGGAACAGAUGCAGGAUCGUCGGAGGAACCGAGUGUUAGAAAAUGGCAGCAACUGUGCAUCUCCGAAGCUUCAGGUGCGAAGUGCAGUGGACUGGUUUGCCAGCCAGGAGGAACCCUUUCUGAACAGCAGCUACACUAUCCGAGCCCAGGACAAAGUCCCGUAUGACAUAUACAGACCAGACUACUCCUGCCUCACGACGGUGCUUCGGGUGAAUGCUUCAGUCCAGGAAGUGCUCACAUCCCUGGCAGACUGUCCUGGCUGGAGCAAAGAAUGGGUCCUGGUCAAGAUCAAUUCCGUGGGAGAUAAAGAGGUCUUGCCCUUGGAGGCCUUUGGUGUGUUUACAUCCCUGGGGCUGAACGAGAGACUCUUUGCUGCCGCUGUCCAGGAGCUUCACAGCUUGACCCCUCACCCUGAGCAGCAAGGCCCCACGGCGGGUUCCUCAGAAAACCUGGAUUUCAUCAGCUCCAAGGACCUGGCCAACCAGUUCACUGAGCAUGACUGGAACCUCUUCAAAAGCAUCCACCAAGUGGAGCUGAUCUACUACAUAUUUGGACCACAGAAGUUUCCCAAUGCAACCACGGCAAACCUGGAGCGCUUUCUGUGCCGUUUCAAUGAGCUGCAGUUCUGGGUCACCACCGAGCUCUGCCUCUGUCCUGAUGUUAUCAAGAGAGCCCAGCUGCUCCGAAAAUUCAUCAAGCUGGCCGCACACCUGAAGGACCAAAAGAACCUGAACUCUUUCUUUGCAGUGAUGUUUGGCCUGAGCCAUUCCACCAUCAGCCGCCUCUCUAGGACCUGGGAGAAGCUCCCACAUAAGACGCGAAAGCUGUUCGGCACCAUGGAGCGCAUGCUGGACCCUUCUUGGAAUCACCGGGUCUAUAGGCUGGCCAUGGCGAAACUGACUCCCCCCUUGAUUCCCUUUAUGCCCCUCCUGCUUAAAGACCUGACAUUCAUCCAUGAGGGUAACUGCACAUUGGUGGAGAAUCUUGUCAACUUUGAGAAGCUGCGCAUGAUGGCCAAGGCAGUGCGUCUCGUGCAUCGUUGUCGGAGCCACCCCAACCUUCCACUCUCCCCUUUGCGGAGUCGUCCUCAGCACCUCCUGGAAGAAGCCCGGGCACUGCGUGCCUCUACCUGUUCAGAGCAAUCUCUUAGCACACGAAGCCCUGCUGCUACCUGGGCCUACACCCAGCACCUGAGAGUGAUCGACAGCCAGAAGGAACUUUUGCGGCUCUCACGAGACCUCGAAUCCUGAUGUUGCCAGAAGCUGAGGCUAGGACCCAGGAUGUGCAUAUUGUCUGACCUGGGCAAAGGACUACUGAGUUAGCCCUACUUUCAAGAUGGGGAGAUACCAAGCAGAUGGGAGAGCUCUUCAUUCUCUUGGUGGUUCCCUUGCUCUCUGUUCUGCAAUCAGGAUGUAGGUGCCAGUAAUGUCCAGGCCAGAGAAAGGACAUGUCAGCUGCUACUGAUGAUGCUUUAUAGGCUGCAAGGUUCCUGAUCUGAAGAAAGACUGCUUUAUGGACCACAUGUUGCUGCCUUAUGGAGAAAGGAGCAAAAGCUCCCAUAUGUCACUUAUCAGUGUUCAUUGGAAAUGUGGUUUUUUUCUAUUAAAAAGGCAUACAGUAA